AUGUCUGGCGGGAACAACAAGAAGCGAAAGGCGGAUUGUACGGAUGUUGCAGCCAGCGAGGCAAAGCGGGUGCAAAGAAAUAGCCAAACCGUCGAGAUCAUUCCAGAAGCUGACGUGACAUUGAGAGUUGGGACAGGGGAAAAUGCUUUGGAUAUCAGAGCCUCUGGUCUCGUGCUGGGCCUGGCAUCGAAGCUGUUCAAGGCAAUGCUGAAUUCAGGGUUCAGCGAAGGCACGACGAAGGUCAUCGAUCUGGACGACGAGCCGCAAACAGUCUUGGACUUCUGCCAUAUCAUCCACUACAAACACAAUUUCAUUGAGUCCAUGGACGCCAAGCGGUUGCGUAACCUCAUCGUCUUCGCAGACAUGCGACAGUGCCACGAACCACUGAAACCGUGGCUGGUGUACACCCUGCGCGAGUAUGUGGCUUGGUUUGGACGUUUCGCUGCCGAUCAGUUCGACGCUCAGGCUUUCCCAGAUCGAUAUCCAGGACUGCAACGGGAGGAUUUUAUUCCCAUCGCCGCCUCAUUCGGUCUUUAUGACCUAUUUUGGCUGGUGACAAAGGCGCACCUUGCGAGGUCUAAGGAUUCCAUAACGCCAUGUGGUGACGGAGGUUUGGCUGGGAGACUGCCGCUUGCGUCAGGUCAUGAUGGUCUUUCCAUAUACGAGUUUCUCGACAAAACACGGAUCCGUCGCACCCAAGAAUUACUCAGGCAGGCUUUUCUGGCAGUCGGGCGGGACUUUGGGACAGAUGACAAUUGCUGGGCUGCCCGGGAGAAGUUCGGGACUAUUCACAUCUGGCUCAUCCAAGAGGGCAUCGAAGUUGGCAGCCUUUGUUGGUACCCGGAGUCCUGGUGGCACGCUUAUGUCUCCCUACGAAGAAUUUCCACACCCAUUCCGGGUAAUGUUGAUCAAGAUGGCGGCCCAGAGAACAACUGCUGGUCUAGGGAUUGUGGAGAACCGGACGUAUGCCUGUAUUGCCAAGAGAAGCACAUGCGCUACAUCCGAGAAAGUUUGGGCAAGGAGAUGCAGUCAUUGCCCGGGGUCUGCUUGAAGUGCUUCCUUGAGAAGGGAGAAGAUUCUUUGCGCCUUUCCUCGUCCUGCUCAGAGCCAGGCCAUUCUGAGCGAAAGUCGGAGGACUAG